ACAAACACGUCAGACAUGCAUGUUUACUUGUUGUGCUGGGCGGAUGUGGUUUUGCAGUGCUCAGCUGCAGCGCAGGUGAUUGCAAAGUCCAUGGAGGUAGGCCAUGAAGUCGACAUAGAAGUUAGAACGACAGAGAAAGUACUUGAACCGAACGAUUCAGCAGCAUUCAUUGAGUGUCCUGAAGCCGAUCAUAUCAAGUAGUUCAAUUUCAUGACAAAAGCUGCAAGAACAGACUCAAGAUGUUUGUCAACUAUCCAACCAUGACCCAUCAUCACUCGCGUGGUGAUGUUGGUUUCUUUGAUGCCCGAGGAGACGAAGAGGCAUUCCUGAAGUCUAAGCCACCGCUCUCGCAGGAGAUUUUCCAGAGUUACAAGCCAAAGAAUCCGUGGCAGUCUAGCCCAACGUUUGAUGAAGAUUUUGUGUUGGUGUGUGAAUUUUCAGAACUCGAGGGACCAAAACCAGUGAUGACCAUACCCACAGAAGCGGGAGGCGACUUUGAUCUUAAUGACUUUUCAUUGAAAAUCAUGGCCAUUGACUACAACGCAACCAACAUUGUCCGGUCUGGUGGUACGUUUUCUUUAGUUGAAGACACUGGUGUUGUCUUAGAAGAACCCAAGGAAUCCGCUUUUGCUUAUGUUCAUCACUUCACACUUUAUGACGUCAUAGCAAGGGGCUACGUACGACCAUUCUGCAUAGCAUACAUCACCUCAGACAAAAGGAAAAUGAUCAGGAAUUUAGAUUGGUUGAUGACACAGUUCAGCAAAGUGAGUGAGUCGUUCCGAUUUGGGAAUCGUAGCCAGUUUCAGGCAGACCUCAAGUGUCGAUUAGAAGACAUCCGCUACACAAUAGAAGACUUAAAGAAGCAGAGGUUGAAGAUUAAUGGAACAACGCAGGUCAUAGCUCCUGAUGGGAAGGAGGCUGAAGCCGAGCAUAAAUCCAAGCAGAAGCAUGCUGCGUUGGAGCGGGGGAUCAAGGAGGUCCAGGACAUACUAGAGCUCCUGGAGCUAGAGUUGGUGAAUCCUAAACUAGAGGCCCUUUUCAAAAAAUUAGAACAACUGUCCAGUGGCAAAAGCCCCCGCAAACCCAGACGACAUCACCUCUCAAGCAGUGUUCACGAAGACGGUUACCAUAGUGAUGGAGAGGAGAAACAAUCGACGGACUCCUGUCAAAGAAGAGUUAGAAGAAUCAGUACAUGUGAUAGUCUGAGUGAGCUACAGUCAUCGCUAGAAACGCCAUCACCGUAUAAACCGCAGAUCGUAAGACUGGAUGGAUAUCGCAAGUUUGACAUUCGACUCCGAACUCUUCACGAACUGUGUGGGUGGGGCUACAAAGCUGCUUUAGGGCGGGUCCGCAAAAUGCACAAACAUCUGAGUAGGAACCCCUUGAUCUUAUACAUGGAGAAGAAGGAAGCCAAGUUAGUUGAGCCUACUUCAGCUUUGUUGUCCAUCGGGAGGACUGUUGUCAUCAACUUCAUGCAAGACAUUGGCAGGGAUUGUAUUAGCCACCCUGGACCUUGCCAUGAUGAGAUCGAUAAGCCUUGCAAUGCACAAUUCCAACGACUUGCAUCGAAUGUCUCCACUUCCAGUGCCAGUCCUGAGACCCUUGAUGAGCCACUGCUGAUGUAUGAGGCCCGGUUUGUGCCAGGCACAGCAUACGCAUCAAUGGAGUCCUUGUACUAUGAUGUGAAUGAGAGCCUUGAAGAAAGCAGCGAUGAUGAUUAUGAUGAUGACAUCUCCGAGAUUCCUAAGAAGUUUUUAGGUAAUGGUGUGUUCAUCACAUCUGAAGAUGGCAGCUGGCUGGAUCUUGACAUCAACUCAAAGGAUUUGGACUAUUCGUCAUCAGCUGAAACACAAAGCUCACUGAAAUAUAAGGGGAGAAACCUGACCAAAGCGGAGGGCACCCCCUCGGAUGAAGUGGAUGAUUCCGCUGUGGAGAGAGAUGUUGCAUCUUCAGAUUAUGUGACAGAUUCCAACUCGACAGCUACAUUUUCUAUUAGGGGUGAUCAAUCUCAAGAUUCCACACUGCCAACUAGCAAUGCCGAUACCUAUGUCAUCAGGAGAAAUCAGAAAGUAACAGUAGGGAGUUACGCCAGUAGAAUCAACAGCUUCAAUAGAUACUUGCCAGGAUCUGGGGUACGUAACAUGAUAGGUCAGUACCCAUUCGCCGUCCAUCUUGUCUAUGCUCUACUCAGUGGAAGGACAGUCAUCGUUGUCGCCAGCCCACGAUACGAAAAAGAAGUGACUGCUCUGAUACGAACUCUGUGGCUCUUUGUACCAGGGCACUCAAGUAUGCAUCACCUAGUGGUUCCAUGGCAUACCCAGCCUGUUUGUUUAUCGGACCUGAGUCGUAUGAAGCUGAUUGGUCUAGCUAGGCACAGAUCGUCCAGUCCGUGUAUACCUCACGAUGUGCAAGAUCGUAGUUGUGUGUUUGACUACGACGCUAGUACGCUGAGAACCCCUCCGUAUAAAGGUUCUCAUCUGACUGAUAUGGUCAAGACUUGCAAGCAUUUCCGUAGUGAUCAAGCGUGCAUUGCCUACAUUCAUAGCCGUCUCUUAGAACUGGCACAAAAUGCAUUUGUGUACUACCACAGCUACUACAUUAAUUCACCCAACUUCCAGCCGGCAACAGGGAGUGAUACAUCAAGGACGGGAAGCGACCAAAUGAGAAAUGGCUCCAUUUCUUACUUGAGCAGAUUAGGAAUUGAAGACGGUGAUGUGGAUGUUAUAGAGUACUGGGUGGACAUCAUUAAACAGCAGCAGGUUGAUGAAUUGUACCUACAGGCUGGUUCAGCAACUGCACCUCCUCCCUCUGUGCGCUCAGAUCAAAGGCAGUGCGAGAUGUAUCAAGUCUGAAGAGUGCAAUGCCCUUAUCGAAGCAGGUUGGUGUAUCCUGUGCACUUACUCCCUCCGGUGCAAUGACAAAGUAACAUUUUUUUACCAUGGAAGGAUUCGUGUGUCGUUUCAUGGAUCUACAAGUGACCUUUAAAAAAGUACAACCUAUCCAAUUUGGCUGAAAACAGGUCGAAAUUGGUAUCGGGAAAGUUGAAAUCGUAAUUUUGCAAUAUUCCGAAGUGCCUAUGUUAAUUUGUUUAUGUUGGACAAUUGAGUUAAGCGUAGCCGGUUUAGUAUUACAUGACAGGUAAGCCCGAGUGUUUUUGUGUGUGUUCGCUAGCUGAUACAGCGUGCCAAAUAUUGACACUGUAUGUGGUGACAAGUCUUGACGUCGUGAAUCCUCAUCCCACGUAAUGAACGUUUUAUCUCAGCAACUUGAAUGAAUUCAUUUUCAAACUGUUAAAUAUUAAACGCAGAAGUACAUACGACAUACUGAUUCAAACGUAAGACAGUUUACAAUUCUUUGUAAAAUGCAAGAUUUUAUGUGGAUCUUGUGUGCUCCACACCAUUGAAAUAUCAACAAAAUGAGGCGAAGAAGCAAAAAUAGCAAUCAAAAAAUAACAAAAGUGCACCUUUAAAGGGUAUAUAAACAUUUGCUUUUGCUGUUAUUUUCAGAAAUGGAUUUAUUUUGGGGGUUAGUAUUUUAUAGCAAAUAUUGUU